CCAGCCAUUACCCAGUGUAGGCACCGAAGCUGCACAAAUGCCUACAACACUGUGUGCAAAGAAUGCAAUGAAAACAAAGCGAUAUUCAAGCCAUGGAAUGGAGAUAAAGAAUGUCAACGUAUGUGCGCAUGGAACAAUCACUAUUGCUGGCCCGGAACAUGCAGCACCAACUUGGCUCAGGACUGUCAAUGUGCGAAUGGCUUUGUCAAAAGAUCAUCUGUUGAUUACGGUUCCGUCGAUGCCGGAGAAACAACGUGUCAGCCCAACACACUUCCUGAUAUUCUGACAUGCGACACUGUGGCAGUUGGACCUAACGGCGAAAAGAAAAGAUCAAUGAGCACCAGCCAUUCAACUGCAUGUCAAUACCUUGCAGACAUGUACGGCAACUACCAACCGAGUAUUAUGGAGUUUACAAUGUCUUCGGAAUUUGCAGUAAUUAUUUUACUCAGCAAACCAUCUUUCAUCGCAGAAGAAAAAAUUGGAAUCAGCGAUACAACAAUAACAGUAAAGGUCCAGGCUAUUACAGGUUCCUAUGAAGCAAAGUCAAUCCAUAAACAAUUAGUUGAUUCGUCAUUCAGCACAGGCGUGAUACAAGCUCAGCAUGACUCAGGAAAUAUAACUGUCAACCAGACGAUGUAUAAUCUACAAAAUGGAGAAGCACUUUGUUUGGAGUUUGAAGCAAAGGCAGGAGGCUACUUAAAAAGCAUUGAUACAAGGGCAGACACACAUAUAACAUCAGGGCCGGUUCCUUACACGAAGGUCACAAAACAAAGGACAGUGUGUUACAUAUACGACAACGCACCACCGGAACAUUGUUCCAAGUUGGGGUCAUGCUCGUCCGAACCGUUGACGCUUCAGAAGCGAAUUACACGAUCCGAAUUGUCGAUGGUUCAAUUCAACGGUUGGUUGGACCCAGUGCCAAGUGGAGGAGCAAGCGAAACAGCUUCGUCGAUUGAAAGUUACCAAAUAACUGUCAACGAAGUACCUCCCUCCAACGGCUCUUUGAAAGUUGAUUAUACAAAGAAUACAUAUACAAGAAAAGUACUCUCAUCCGCUGUGCAUGAAAUGGAGUUGAAUCUCACAUCAAAUUCACCGCGACUAUUUUGUAUUACACUAGAGGUCAAGGAUGUUGCAGAUAACGUUCGCCAAAGUAGAAGGUUUAUGUUGUACGACAGCACGAGUUUCAUUGAAACAUGGAAAGACAAUCCAUAUAAAUUUGAUUCAGCAUCGCCAGAGACGAACUUCACUUGGCAAACACAUCACAAUGACAUUUGUCUGAAUUGGAAAAACUAUUUUAUUAACAUGUUCUAUUUAAAAAAUGAACUUUUAAAUAAAAUAGAGUCCGAACCCCAUGGCCAUAUAACCGGUGUAUAUGAACAAACAACAGGCCUUCUUCCCGUUGGUGGAACACCGAAUGUACACGGGAUAAUAGAAUAUUACGUAUCCUGGAAACUCAACAAUGGCGCGUUUACUGUAGAACAACUCGUACCAAACUUUCUGAAUCAACGAUUCUGUACCAAUUUAAAUAUUGCUGAUGGACAGACCUAUACAUUCAACAUUCGUCCAGUAGAUAUUGUCGACAACAGUUUCAACGAGUCUAGAACCGUUUACAUAGAUCGCUCGCCACCCCAUAUAAACAACAUUUGGCUUAAGAAAGACGGAUUUGAGAUGUUAUAUGUUCAUAAUAGCACCGAUUUGUCGAAGAUGCAGAUGACGUUUGACGCAUUGGACCCGCAUAGCGGACUUCAAAAAAUUAAGUGGGAGUUCGGAAUCGCCGGUACGUCAACUGUGUUAACAACUGGUUAUUUGUCAGUAGUGCAGAUCAAAAACGCAACUUGCCCAACUGGAUAUUUUGAUUGCUAUUGCCCGGACAUAGAAAUGUGUGAAUUUUUCAACUACUCAAUCCCGCUAAAUAAGCUUGUUGAAGCAGAUACGCAUACCGGGAGCCACAACCGGAACUACUACUUCAAAAUAACGGUCACCAACAAUGCCUUGCUAACAACGACAGAGCAUAUCGAUGUACUUGUUGACGAUUCCCCACCAGAAGCAGGCGUAAUUUAUGAAGGUCCUGUGGACUACAAAGAUAUUGACUACACAAGUGCGGAUUCCUUUGUUGUACACUGGCAUGGAUUUAUCGACCAUGAAAGUGGAAUCAAACUCUACAGGUUAGGGCUUGCCGCCAGAUGCUUAACAAAACAGGAACUGUACAACUUUACAGAAGUGGCUGAGAUAAUGGUCUAUAAAGAGCUUACUGAGACAUCAGUUCGUCUUCCAGCAAAUUUCACAGGUAAACGGUUCGUGACCAUUAUUGCUCUAAACAAUGCCAUGGAGUCAUCAAAGCCUGUUUGUUCGGAUGGAAUCACAAGAGAUAUUUCACCUGCUAUUAUUCGCAACUUAACAAUGGAGCAUGCAGUGUGGACCGAGACCAUUAUCUGUCAAAAUGGACAACCUUAUUUAUUACAAUCUAACCUUCAAAAAGUCCCGCUGCAUAACACAACAGCAUGUUUAAAAAUUUGCAAAUCAAGAACGGACACCAUAGUAGCUGACUUUCUGACUACUCAUAUCUCAGGAAGCAAAGACACUGAUAUUUCCGAUUUCCUUUGUCGACACCUGUCUUUGUACACUAACGAAACGAUUGUCUACAUGCCAAACGACCAUGUCGUGCUGAAUUGGGAAGUGGAAGAAUUAGGUAGUCAAAUAGAAGAUUUUUAUGUUGGGCUUGGUCUGGAUGCGACAGAAAAGGAUUCGCCCAGUUUGGUGGACUAUAUUUCUACCGAUAGAAAACCAUACUUCAAACAUCGACAUGAAGCAAUUGGAUCCGAUGAACUGUUCUUUGUCUUCAUCAAAACAGUCAACAAAGCAGGCUUAUCCAACAUCGCAACAUUGGGUCCUAUUUUGAUCGACGAAACACCACCACGGUACAAACAUAUUCCAAGAGUGACUAUCGCUUUAGACACUAUUGUGUUUGCCUGGGAAUCAGAUACAUUCUAUGACGAUGAACAGACAGCCCAAAUAGAACAACUGAUGUUUCAAUUCGGUCAUGACGAAAGAGUGUCCAGUCCACUUCUUGAAUGGCGAUUAGAGUCUUUGUCACCUUGUUCCCCUUAUACUGGAGGCUGCUUCAAAUAUCCGCUAAAUCGUCUCCAGAAUCAAGACACGGGAGACGGACUACUUUUCUAUAUAAACAUUCACAUAUACAACAAUGCCGGUCACUUUACGUCAAUCAGGACCGAAACGUUCCAAUUGCCUUCGCGAUAUCCACCAGGACACGGACAUGUUCUGGAUUUGGAUCCAGAAAUGGUGAACACUACAACAGAUAUUGCUGUUCAUUUUACUGAACACAGUAUGUGCGCUGGUUGGAUGGGAUUUAAACAUCAUGAACGGCUUUUUCUGGAAGUGGGGAUAGGAUUAGAUCGCACAACGGCAGAUGUAGUUCCAUUUCAGAGCACAUCAGAAAUGACCAGAAUCUGCCUUAAUUCAAGUUUAAUUGGUAACGGCAAAGUAUAUUUUUUCAUUGUUAAAGCAAGCUGUAGCGGAGGUACAACCAUAUCUGCGUCUAACGGAGUCCGAAUAUAUGAUGACAAUUAUCUGAAAAAUAAAUUUGAAAUAAAAAUCGGCAAAGAGUGCUUCUCCGCCAAUGUCUUGGAAGUUAACGUUUCGAUUGCAAACGACAGUACGUUUAUCAAACUUCCAUUCACAUUGAUUAUCGGACAGCGAUAUGUCUUGUUCGCGGAAAGUAGUGAAUGGCAAAGAACACUGAGCAUCAAUUCAAGUGACGCUCUAGUCCAACCCGAACAUAACAACUAUGUUCUGAUCCCUUACACCGAGAAACCUAUUCUACAAGUACAGGGAAGUAUCUCAAAGCAAAUCAUAUUGCGUUUGAAAAUCAGUAAAUGCCCUGCAGAGAAUAUCCUUCUGAACAACAAUCAAUUGAAUAUUAGCUGGGCCUUUCAUAAAAGCGCAACAAUUAAGGAUAUUGUAUUUUCAGCUGCGUUACUCAAAUACGUGACUGUUAACGGCUCGGAUGUAGAAAGUAUAUUCGCGCCACCUCAACCCCCUGUUGGGUCAUCUGGGAUAACGUUCUUUGAUAUGAAUGUUGAAGCCCAAACAAUGUAUAAGGCUAGCGUACAGUUGUGCAACAAUGUAAGAUGUCUCAGUCCCAUUCACUCAAGGGCAUUUACAAUCGAACUUGAAGCUCCUGAUAUUUCGUUUAUAAAAUUGGAACUUAUAGUCGCAGAUGCUGGGGAGUGCGUUGAGAUUCAAGCGUCAUGGCAAAUAAUCGGACAGAGCGACAACGUUGCAUUCUAUCAAUGGUCUGUAAGUCGUGAUGCGAUAGGUGGUCAACUAUUGUCUGUUUGGGAGAAUGUGCGGCCAAAUGGAACCGCCGUUAAGGUUGCGAAUUGCGUUGUUCUCCCAGGCCACGGACAUCUGACAUCUUUCCUCUGCGUCCGGGUAUUUUCUGUAAGUGGUUUAGCAAAGACAUCUUGUCAGAAGAUGAAUAAAGGUGAGAGUGGGUCCUAUUCCAAAACUGCUGUGUACGACUUUGAUUCGUCGUCAGUCAGUUGGGUCUUCAUCAAAAAGAUGCUGUCUAGUUCUGACAUUGGAAAGCACUAUGUCCUUCUUCACGAUUCAGAAAUAAACAUAGGCACAACUGCCGGUUCGAGCGAUAUUUUUGAAAUUGUUAGAACUGGCAUGGAAACAUCUGCAAUAUUGAAUAUGCCAGCACCGUCUGAUGGAAGUCAAGUUUUCUUCACGGUCAAUGCAACGGAUUAUGCCGGCUUGUCUACCAGCUCGGAGUCUUUGGAGUUGAUCAUGGAUACAUCACCGCCUGUAUGUGGCAGAGUUACGAUUGUAAACAACCUUCAGAGAAACAUAUUCAUCAACCGAGAACUUGCAACUGUUCGUUUCGAGGGAUUUUCGGAUCCGCACAGUGGCUUGGACUAUUUCAAUGUUGGCAUUGGUACAAUCGAAGGAGUAACAGAUAUAAUGUCUGAAACGAAAGUUUCUAUCGACUACAUCGAAUUAAAUUUAGCGCAGAUGAUCGACGGUCAUCUGUAUUUCAUUAUUGUGCAAGCGAUCAAUCGAGCAGGGCUGGUUUCUAAAUCAGUAUCAAAAAGAUUUGUAUUAGAUCGAACCGCUCCCACUGGAGGACACAUUCUCGAUGGGAUCAAAGGAGCUGGGGAGAUCGAUUUCCAAAGUGAUAUCUACGUUAUCAACGCAUAUUGGAAAGAUUUUUACGACCCAGAGAGUAGCUUGGCAUUCUUUAAAGUUGGUCUUGGGACCGAUCCAUAUCAGACCGAUGUGAGACCUCUUAAAGAUGUCGGAAUGAUGACAGAGGUUUCGUGGAAUGGCCCGUUUGUUCCUGGCCAAAAAUACUUUGUGACUGUGGAAGCGUGUAAUAACGCAAACCUUUGUACCAGCCGUUUUUCUGACGGUCUUAUUGUCGACAACUCACCCCCAGUACGCGGUCUUGUACAUGUUGGUCCAGGCGAAGGUCAUGACAAAUAUUUAGGACAUCGAUCAUCUAUUAGAAUAAGUUGGCAAGGCUUCGAAGAUCCGCAAUCAGAUAUAGCUCAUUUUGAAGUAUGUGUGUCAACACCCAAGGGCGAGUGUGACAUUGUUGGUCUAUCAAAUCGGCUGCUCCACUCUUCAAUUAUAAUCUCAAAUAUAACGCUACCGAUUAAUAUUUCACUUAUAGCAACACUUUGGGCGUUCAAUGGAGUCGGCAUGAAUGUGUCGAAGGCGUCUGAUAUUUUUCUUAUUGACGACACACCACCAGUUGUUGUGAAAGCUCCGAAAUUCCUACUAAAAUAUAACUCUGCAAAUUGUAAACUGUCACAAUGGGAAAAAUCCAUCUUACGUGUCAAAUGGGAAUUUAAGGACGACUUCAGCCCUAUCGUUCGACAUGAGAUUUCCUUGAAAACGCAUCACGAAGGACACACGCCUGUUGAGAGUCUUGUCUUAGGAUCGGAACGCCAUGUGACUGUCAGCUUAAAUGGGAAGAAUUGGCUUAAUGACGGUGACAAGUACUAUGCAAUUGUAACAUCGUGCAACGCUGCCGGACUAUGCUCUUCUGAGCGAACAAGCGACCUUUUAAUUGAUUCUACUCCACCUCACCUAGGUGGAUUUAAACAACCUUUGACGUGGACGAACUACAUUGAUACACUAGGAAAUAAAGUAACAAAUCUAUCCUUGACAUGGUAUGGGUUCCACGACCAGGAGUCCGGAAUUGAAAACUAUUACGUGACGGUCUCGCGGUCCUACAGUUUCCAUGAACUUUCAAGUGGAGUAAUAAGAAUUAAAAAUACAAACCGAAGCGAAACUAUUCAAACUUCAUUUGUACUGACUGAAAGCGUGUUUCCUGACGAAUCAAUAAUUCUUUCGAUAUGGGCACAAAACAAUGUCGGCCUAAACAGUUCGAUUGCAAGGGUCACUGUGAAUGUUUUAUCUGCGACAUCUAGAAAUGAAAUUGGAAUUUUAGAAAUAGAAAAACAUUCAUGCGACAUACAUUUUUGUAACAAGGAUUGUACGUGCGCAGUUAUAGAUCGUCCAUGUGUAGAAGUAAGCACCAACGUUACAUGCUCAGAUAUCUCUCACACGGAUGCGCAGAAUCAAAAUCUACCAACAUUCGAUGUAUAUGGGGGACUACCGCAUGAAAUCCUAAAUGUGUCGGCUUCAUCAGCAUGUCUGAGUGGGCACUGGUCACGAACAAAUGGAGGAAGUACUGAAAAUAUUCAUCGCUUUGAAUGGAGCAUUGGCGUACAUGGGCACGCUGUCGGCGAAGGGGUGUUCCAUCUGAAACUAGAAAACCCAUGGAAUGAUGUUGGACUAAGAUUAGAAUUUAUUCAUUGUCUACCAGUAAAUCGUUCAUUGGUACAUGAAGAACGAUACGUUGUCUAUGUGAGGGCUUGGUAUAGCGAAAGAACAUACACUGUCUUCAAGUCGUCUCCAAUCAUGAUUGAUCAAACCCCACCCAAUGUCAGACGCGGUCGUUUUAUCAGGGAGGGUAAUUGUCUUGAAGACUUGGAUUUUAUUGACUGGACGAAAAAUAUCAUGGCCUGUUGGGACGGGGUGUUUACUGAACAGCAGAGCUUCAUUGAUCAUUUCAGUGUCAGCCUUGGAACAUCACCUCACAAUGAUGACAUAUUUCAACAAAUUGAAGUCGGACUAUCAACAAACAUAAGUCUUAAUAAUAUUUAUCUCAAUCCAGGCACGCGCUAUUACUUUACAGUUAUUGCUGUUAAUAGUGUUGGACUACACACUGCAUUUGCAUCGGAUGGAUUCAUUAUUGAUACAGAUAAUCCCAUCCACGGGGUUGUGUUCAAUACAAUUGAACACAAAAACUCAGAUAUCCAGAAAUCGACAGCAACCUUUAAACUGUCUUGGCACGGAUUCCAGGAUCAUUUCUCUGGAAUAAAGCACUAUCUGGUUGCAUUUGCCAACGACGGGGAAUACAAUGAAUCAAAUAUGACCUUUACAAAUGUUGGUUUAUCAAACAAGUAUUCCUUUACAAAUUUGAGUCUUGUGCACGGCGAGUCUUAUUUUGGAUUCGUCAAAGCUGUUGACGCAGCAGGUCAUGAAAGUGCAACUGUAAGAUCCCCAAAACAAACAAUCGAUACGACUCCACCAAAAGGUGUUUCAUGUGAAUCAACUAAAACUAUUCAAAUUGAUGUUUCUUGCAACGUUACUUAUGAAAGUGUGUCGCUGUGGUUCAACGCAAAUCUCUCGAAAGAUAGCAUGUAUGUUGUUAACGGAAAGAUUAAAGACGUUACGUAUGAGCUCAACCCGAUUUUUCAGAUUGACAAAUAUAGUAUGCCCUUACCCUUACAGAAACAUCAUGAUGGAUGGUUCGAAUAUCAUUACAUGUUUAUAUCGCCGUUAACAGGGUUGCAAACCAUUACCAUUGAAUUUGGAAAACUGCUUGCUGAGCACUCAAUUCAGAAUGUUGAUUUUGAAGUGUGUCAAAUGGUGGAAAACAAUUCCGUUGCUAUUUCUGUAAACCAAAUAGGCCCAUAUUCGCUGACUGUGUCCUUGGGGAUACUGGAUUCGGAAAGCGAGUUAAAGGCGAUUUCUGACAUGUAG